AAAUGGGAAAUUCAUUUAUAAGGUGGAGCACGCACUUUGGUGUGUUGUCUCUGCUCUGUGGUGUGUCUGCCUGCAGCUGGGUGUUCUGUUCCCAGGGAAAAUCCCCAAGCUGUACACAGAGGUGGAAGUGAGCUCUCAGAGGGACCUGUAUCCAGGUGAGAACCCUGCUGCAGUGCCAGAGUCUCCAGGAAGAAGCUCCCUGCAGGUUUCUGCUGCCAGAAAUCCCCCCACCGUGAAGCCACCAAAGAACUCCAGAGCUGAGGAGCAGGAAGGGGAGGACGUGGAGAGGAGGAAGAGGAGGAGGAAGGCAACCAAACGGAAGAGAGAAGGGAAGAGCCAGGAAGAAGAGAGCUCCUUGUCCUGUGACAUCAAACUGGACGAGUCCCUGGACCGCACCCUGGAGGAUGGAGCCAAGCAGCACAACCUGACCGUGGUCAACGUCAGGAACAUCCUGCACGAAGUGAUCACAAAUGAACACGUGGUGGCCAUGGUGAAAGCAGCCAUCAGUGAGACAGAGGAUAUUCCUUUGUUUGAGCCCAAAAUGACUCGUUCCAAGCUGAAGGAGGUGGUGGAGAAAGGAGGGGUGAUUCCAACAUGGAAUAUUUCUCCAAUUAAGAAGGCAAACGAGGUGAAGCCCCCUCAGUUUGUGGACAUUCCCCUGGAGGAAGAUGAUUCCUCUGAUGAAGAAUACCAGCCUGAUGAUGAAGAGGAGGAUGAGACUGCAGAGGAGAGCUUGCUGGAGAGCGACGUGGAGAGCACAGCUUCUUCUCCUCGUGGAGCCAAGAGGUCCAGGACAAGGCGUUCCUCUGAUGAGGAGGGGGGGACCCUCUGUGAGGUGGAGAAGGUCACCCCAGCUGUUGUUAGACACAUCAGUGCAGAAGUGGUUCCCAUGGGACCCCCACCACCCCCCAAGCCCACGCAGAGCAAGGACAGCACCUUCAUGGAGAAGCUGCACGCCGUGGAUGAGGAGCUGGCCUCCAGCCCUGUCUGCAUGGACUCCUACCAGCCCCUGGAGGACAGCCUGAUUGCCUUCAGGACGCGCUCCAAGAGGCCCCUGAAGGACGUUCCCCUGGGGCAGCUGGAGGCCGAGCUGCGCGCGCCCGACAUCACCCCCGACAUGUACGAGCCCAGCGCGGGCGACGACGAGCACUGGGCCACGUGGCUCAGGGGGCUCAUGGAUGAUGAUGUGGGCAACGAAGAUGAAGCUGAUGAUGAUGAUGACCCUGAGUACAAUUUCCUGGAAGAUCUGGAUGAACCAGACACAGAAGAUUUCAGGAAUGACCGUGCUGUGAGGAUCACCAAAAAGGAAGUGACUGAGCUGAUGGAGGAGCUGUUUGAGACAUUCCAGGGUGAGAUGGGUUUCUCCAGCAUGAAAGAGGACAGGCCAGAAGAUGAAGAUGCUGUUACAGAGUCUCGGCCAAAUUUUAACACCCCCCAGGCCCUCAGAUUUGAGGAGCCUCUGGCCAAUAUGCUGAACAAGCAGCACCAGACAGUGAAGGAGCAGCUGGAGCAGCUGAGAAUAAAAAAAUCUUCAAUCAAAGCACCCCAAGAGGCUGAAAAAUCCAAAUCCCAAAGUGAGAAACCCCUGCAGAGCCUUGUUCUGGACAGUGCACAAAGGAAGAGGCUCCAGCAGCAAAUGCAGCAGCAUGUCCAGCUCCUGACUCAAAUCCAUCUCCUGGCAAGUUUCAACCCUGCUCUGAGUUCAGAGGCCAGCACCACCCAGAUGUUUUUGAGCGAGCUGGGGAGCUUUGCCUGCAGCUCCACCCUGCACCAGGUGUCCCAGAACCCCAAAUUCCAGACCAUGUUCCAGCCCUGCAACUUGCAGGAGGCCCUGCAGCUCCUGGAGGAUUUCCAUGCCCAGGUGCCCGUGGACUGCAGCCCUAGGAAGGCUGUGAAGAAUGCAAAUGAUUUCUCCUGUUUGCCAAAGCAAGUGGCCUGGAUUUUGGCAACCAGGAAAGUUUUCAUGUACCCAGAGCUGCUGCCAGUCUGUGCCUUGAGAGCAAACCCCCCCCGAGACAAGAUUGUCUUCACCAAGGCAGAGGACAACUUGUUGGCUUUGGGGCUGAAACAUUUUGAAGGGACAGACUUUCCCAAGCCUUUGAUCAGCAAAUACCUGCUGCCCACCAAAACUGCCCAUCAGCUGACAGUGAGGAUCAAGAACCUGACCAUGAACAGAGCCCCUGACAACAUCAUCAGGUUCUACAAAAAGACCAAGCAGCUGCCGGUGCUGGUGAAGUGCUGUGAGGAGAUCCAGCCCCACGAGUGGAAAGCUCCUGUGGAGAGGGAGGAGCAUCGCCUGCCCUUCUGGCUCAAGGCAAGCUUGCCCUCCAUCCAGGAAGAGCUGAAGCAGCUGGCAGAAGAUGCCAAGGAGACAGCAGCUUCAGCUGAUGGAGAAUCUGCCCUUUUGGGGCCAGAAAAGGAAAUUCCAGGCAGGGCAGGUGGUGACAAAUGCCCUCUGCUGGUGCCCAAGGGGCUCGUGCUCACCCUGAAACCUUUGGGCAACCGCUUCUCCAGGAGGCCCUGGAGGAGGCAGAGGUGUUCAGCUCUGAAGCCAGUGGUGAUCCGUCCCAGCCCGUGUGUGCAGCCCAGCUGCAGCCCCCUGAGUGUCCCCAAGGCCCAGAAGCUGUCCCAGGCAGAGGCUGUGCCCAGCCGGCUCCGGCUCCGCGCGCCUCGGCCCAUCAAGCCCGCGCCGCCGCCCCUCAGCCUCCCAGCACUGCUGGCACCUGGCGAUGCCUUGGACUUCCAGAAUGUUCUUUCCACCGGCCAGCCGAGCUCCAGACAAGCCUUUUCAGCUGCUGUAGGCCCGGCUCUGGUGUCCUCAGAGCAGGUGGCGUUCCAGCCCAAGCUGAUGGUGCCCACCGUGGCCGGGAUGAAAACGCGCAAGCCGGGCGUGCGUAAGGGCCACCAGAGGAAAAAAGGGACAAGAUCUGCCCCAGUGGUGAAACCUUCCCCUCUGAUCCAGUCCUCCCCCGUCAUCCUGACCGUGCCUGCCACCACGGUGAAGGUGCUGAACAUUGGCAAUGGCUGCAACAUGAUCCAGCCCCUGAGCACGGCCGUGGGCCGCGGGGCUCAGGCCAUCCCUGUCACCACCCUGCUGGUGAACCCCUCCAGCUUCCCGUGCCCCCUGAACCAGCCCCUGGUGACCUCCUCCAUCCCGUCCCUGAUUGUGUCGCCCAGCCCUGUUGGUCUGGCUGCUCCUGCUGGGGGUGAAGGGGAGGAGCAGCUGAGCCUGCUCCCUGCCCCGGGUGCUUUCCCCAAGGUGGAGCCCAAGGUGGAGCCCCCGGAGCUCUUCGUGCCCUGCUCCCUGUCCCCAAAGGAGGAGCGUGGCACAAACCCUGCCCUUGGGGACACUCAGGACAAGGGCAGCGAGGGUGACUGCUGCAGCUGGGCAGUGGCAGAGGGAGAUGGCAGCACAGCAGAGCCCUUGCCUGUGGUGGAGCUUUUGCCUCCCUUAGAAGAUCCUGAUGAAUCGGUGGAAAUCAAGUCUGAAGAUUUAAGUGAUGCUCCCAAAGAAGCCAACCUGGCACAGCAAAGAGAUCUUCUAUGUGCUGAAAGCAAGGAGGAGUUCAUGCUGGGCCUCGGCCAGGAGCUGAACAUGGAGGCUGCUUGUUCCUGCGGGGAUGAGCCCAAGCAGGAGCUCUGUGAGGAGAAGGGAGAGGAGGAGCAGCAGGCUGUGCCCUCCCCUCCCCAGGGCGAGUCCCCAAAAACCCUCCCUUACCCAGCUGAGAGGGAGGCAGAGUUCAGCAGCCCCCCGGGCAGGCCGGAGGACUCGUCCAGCAUUGAUGGGCACUCCGUGGGCACCCCUGGCCCCGAGGCUGCCGCGGACAGGGAGGGCCAGGAGGAGGAGGAGGAGGAUGACUUCGAUGAUUUCACGCAGGAUGAGGACGAGGAAAUGUCGUCAGCUUCAGAAGAGUCCAUUCUGUCAGUGCCAGAGCUGCAGGAGACAAUGGAAAAACUGACUUGGCUUGCAACAGAGAGACGUUUGAGCCAAGAAGGAGACUCUGAAGAGGAGAAUUCCCAGGAGGAGAACUCAGAGCCUGAGGAGGAGGAGGAGGAGGAAGGGGAAGGAGUAGAGAGCUCCCAGAAGGAGGAUGAAAUGUGUGGAGAUGCUUCAGAGGAGCCCAAAUCUGCUUUCCCCAUGGCCCAGGCAGCCUCCCCCCAGCUGGAGGCCCACAGGCUGCCCCCAGGAGAGGCCCUGAAGGCCCCGGGGAGGAGCAGGAGCUCGCACAGGACCAGGAACAAGAGGGGCAGAGCUCGAGGCAGCAAGGACAGCUCCAAGCUGCUGCUGCUCUACGACGAGGACAUCCUGGAGAGGGAUCCCCUGAGGGAGCAGAAGGACCUGGCCUUUGCCCAGGCCUACCUCACCAGGGUCCGUGAGACCCUGCAGCACAUCCCAGGGAAAUACGAGGAUUUCCUUCGUGUCAUCUACGAGUUCGAGGUGAGCACGGACAGACGGACGGCUGUGGAUCUCUACUGCACCCUGCAGAAGCUGCUGCACGACUGGCCACAGCUGCUGACAGACUUUGCAGCUUUUCUUCUGCCAGAGCAAGCUUUGGAGUGUGGCCUGUUUGAGGAGCAGCAGGCCUUUGAGAAGAGCAGGAAGUUCCUCAGGCAGCUGGAGAUCUGCUUUGCUGAAAAUCCUGCCCACCACCAGAAGAUCAUCAAAGUGCUGCAGAGCUGUGCAGAUUGUGUGCCCCAGGAGAUUGCAGAGCUGAAGACCCAGAUGUGGCAGCUCCUGAAGGGCCACGACCACCUGCAGGAUGAGUUCUCCGUGUUCUUUGAUCACCUCAGGCCCUCUGCCAGCCGCCUGGGAGACUUUGAGGAGAUCAACUGGACAGAGGAGAAGGAGUACGAGUUUGAUGGCUUUGAGGAGGUGUCUCUGCCAGACGUGGAAGAGGAGGAUGAGCCCCCCAAAAUCCAUGGAGCCACCAGGAGCAAGAGGAGGAAGGAGAUGGGAGGACAACAGCAGGACAAGGAGGCCGAGUGGCCGGAGGGGGUGAAGGAGCUGAAGGAGUGCUCCUGCUCCUGCCCCUGCCACGAGGGCAGCGGCGAGCUGAGGCUGAAGAAGAGCAAGAGGAGGAGCUGCAGCCACUGCGGGAGCAAGGUGUGUGAGCCCCGGCUGCACAAGCACAAGGACGCCGCGGAGCUGCCGGCCAGCCUGGCUGCCCGCGACUGCAGCCCCCAGCCCGAGGGGAGGGCAGCCGCGGGAGAGGAGAGCCCCUCGGGCAGCGAGGAGCCGGAGCCGGGCCCGGGCAGAGCCAAGGCUGGCCCCAGGAGGGGGCAGUGCCCAGGGUCCCGGGAUGCCAGCCCCUGUGCCCCCGCUGCUGCCCAGCUUCCGGAAGGUUCCGGCUGGGCCCGGCUGCAGGGAGCUGCUCUGGGGCUGCCUGCGGAGCCCGGCGCGUGCCCGGGGGCUGCGGCGGCGCUGGGCAGGGACCUGCUGCUGCCUGCGGGGGCACAGGGAGCCCCAGCCUGCCUGCCCCAGGGGCUGCAGCCUGCUGCAGGGCAGGGUGGCAGCUGCAGGGCUGCAGGGGAGCAGGGCAGCAGCAGCAAAGCACAGAGCUGCAGCUCAGGCUCCCCUGGGCACUGCAGCUUGCAGCCACAGCACAGAGGCUGCACUGGAGCUGCUCCCGAGGGCAGGCCAAGGACAAAUGGCAGCAGCAGCAGCAGCAGCAGCUCCCUGGUGCAUGGCCCUGCGCAGCUGCAGCCCCGAGCCCCCGGGCACAGGGAGGAGGAGCAGCAGCAGCAGCGGGUGACAGAGGCCACCGUGUGUGCCAAGAACAGCAAAGUCAGCUCCACGGGGGAGAAGGUCGUGCUCUGGACCAGGGAGGCUGACAGAGUCAUCCUCACCACGUGCCAGGAGAAGGGAGCCCACCUGGACACCUUCCACGCCAUCUCCCAGAAGUUGGGCAACAAGACAGCGAGUGAGGUGUCCCACAGGUUCAGGGAGCUGAUGAGGCUGUUCCACACCUCCUGCGAUGGCAGCUCUGAGGAUGAGGAGGAUGCCACCAGCACCAGCAACACAGACCAGCUGUCAGACAAAGAUCUGCUGCUCUCUGAGGAAGAGCCUGAUGACUGAGGUGAUCAGCUACUGACUGCACCAGAAGAGGGUUUGGGGUUUUUUUAAACCAGUUUGCUGCUAGACAGGUGCUGUGGAAAAAUGUUUGCACAGGUACUUGAGACAGCACCUUCAUUUUUUGUUCAGUUUCCAGCCUGGACUAAAGGCAGGAAGUAAAAGGAGAAAAUUCUCAAGAACUCCCCUGGGGAGCUUCAGCAGUGGAGUAACAGAACUUGUGGACACUGACCUGGCCUGGGGUGAAGGUUGGGCCAGCAGCCUCUGACCAGGACCUGUAAAUAUUGUACCCUGAAAUGCCAGUUUUCAUGUGCAACAAACACAUGACUUUUUCUAAGUUCUCCCCUUGUGCUGAUUGUAUGUGAGACGGUCACAGACUGAAUUUUCUAUUUAUUGCGUGGGUUUAUUUGAACAGGCAGAGCAAAUCCAGUUUGCACAGCUGAAAAAAACCCAACCCAAAUAUACAAAACCAUUCCCAAAAAAAGCAGCUUUCCUCUGAAGAA